GUAAACGAUUACAACUACAACGAAAAUCAUAUACAGGGCGUAGGUGUCAUGGUUUGUUGUGUAUCUAAUUGUUUAAUGUAUUUUUUCUUACAAUAAGUACCUACAUGAGCCCUUUGUAUUAUAGUAUUUUAUAAAAAAAAAUUGUGCCAUGAUAUUUACUUGUGAUUUUCAAUGGAGUACAGUAAGCAAAUAUACAACAGGACUGAAAAAUAAUCUUUAAAAAAAAAAAAAGGAGACAAAGAUUUAUGAUGUCGAAUUUGCAAAAAGCGUCAUUUGUUCGACUAUGGCUGUCAUUAUUAUGGAUGACUUGUUUUGCAUCGAAUAUUGGGAUUCUUGGUAGUUUAGCUUUAAGUCAAAAUCAGUGCCCUGUGGAAUGUGCCUGCCUUGGAAAUGUUGUUGCUUGUAGUGAAUUACAACUGGUGGAAGCACCCAGUGGUUUGCCACCAUGGACCGUAACUCUAGAGUUGAAUUCCAAUAAUAUUUCUAAUUUAGAAUUCAAUGUACUGCUACAUUUAUUGAAGCUCAAAGAAUUAGAUGUAAGUGCUAAUCAAUUAAGAGACAAUUUUACAAUUUCAUUGCCAGUUGAGACUCAAUUACGUGUCUUAAAACUCAAUAAAAAUCAUCUGACGCAAUUGCCACAGUUUUUGUUUCUUUCAAGUCUCACGCACUUGAGUUUAUCUCAUAAUUUAAUUACUAAAAUAAAUGGAUCCACUUUAUUAAAUUUACCAGGACUUCAAUAUUUGGAUCUUACUGGUAACAAAAUAAGUAUUAUUCAUUAUGGAUCGUUUCUUGCUCCGAAUCAAUUAAAAACACUAAAUUUAAAUAUGAAUCAAUUAAGUAUUAUUGAAAAUAAAAGUUUGGAAAAUUUAACAUCUCUUGAAGAACUUCGAUUGAAUAAAAAUCGACUUAUUCAAAUUAAAGAUCAAUUCACAAAUCUUCUUAAACUGAGAAUUUUAGAAUUGAAUAGAAAUGACUUGAGACAAAUUGAAGCUUUAAGUUUGAAAGACUUGAAAGGUUUAGAAGAGCUGAGUUUAAAAAGAAAUAAACUUGAAUCUUUGUAUGAUGGUGCUUUUUGGCCGCUUAAAAAUUUGAGACUUCUUCAGUUAGAUUUUAAUUUGUUGACUAGUGUUAAAAAAGGAAGCCUGUUUGGAUUGGAUAAUCUCGAAAAAUUAACAUUGUCUCACAAUAAAAUAACAAAAAUCGAAGCACAAGCUUGGGAAUUUUGCAAAAAACUUUUAGAAUUAGAUUUGUCUUUCAAUGAAUUAACAUCCAUUGAACGUGGAACAUUUGAAUAUUUAGGAAGAUUGGAAAAAUUGAAAAUUGAUCAAAAUAAAUUAUCAUACAUCUCUGAAGGCGCAUUUAAUAAUACGCAAAGUCUACAAGUUUUAGAAUUGAAUUCAAACAAAAUUUCAUAUAUGGUGGAAGACUUUAGUGGAGCUUUCGUUCCACUUACACAACUUAUGAAACUUGGAUUGGCUCAUAAUCAAAUUAAAUCAAUUAAUAAAAAUGCAUUCAAGGGUUUAUCUCAAGUUACAGAAAUUGAUUUACUUGGAAAUAAUAUAACAAGUAUUCAAGAAAAUGCUUUUUCGCCUACACCGAAUCUUAUAAAACUUAAGAUGAAUACAGGUUCGUUGGUUUGUGAUUGUGGACUACAAUGGCUUAGUUUAUGGUUAAAAACACAUCGGCAAAGUGAAGCAAAAAUUCACUGCGGUUAUCCUCAUUGGUUGUAUGGAAUGCCAUUAAUGCAUCUUCAUCAAGCGAAUUUUACUUGUGAGGAUUAUCCAAAACCUCUAAUAAUACAAAAUCCCGAAAGUCAAAUGAGCAUCAAAGGUGAUAAUGUUUCACUUAUUUGUCGUGCAACAAGUACAGCCGAUGCGCCACUACAUUUUACUUGGAAGCACGAUAAUGUUGAAUGGGAUCCAAGUUUUCAUAAAGAUGUUGUUAGUUCUAAUAGAGGCCUCACUGAAGCCUCAUCCACAUUACAAAUUACAAAUAUAACUCAUUCUAAUUCUGGAAGAUACCAAUGCAUGGUUACUAAUAAUUAUGGUACUACGUAUUCAGCGAAAGCAAAAAUUAGCGUAUUAAUAUAUCCGUCCUUUUCUAAAAUUCCUCAAGAUAAACGUGUUAAUGCGGGAAGUACUGCUCGUCUUGAAUGUUCUGCUGAAGGGCUACCAGCUCCGCAAAUAGCUUGGCAAAAAGACGGUGGAAAUGAUUUUCCAGCAGCUCGAGAGAGAAGAAUGCAUAAAAUGCCCGCUGAUGAUGUACUUUUUAUAAUUGAUGUGAAAACAGCUGAUAGCGGUGUUUAUUCUUGUAUUGCACAAAAUUUGGCUGGAAUGAUUAUUGUAAACGCUACACUUACCAUUUUAGAGGGUCCAUCGUUUGUGAAACCAAUGGAAAAUAAAGAAAUAAUGGCAGGUGGUUCAAUUGUUCUUGAUUGCCGUGCAAGUGGUUCACCACGUCCGAAAAUAUUGUGGCGCAAGAACAAUAGUCCUUUACAAGCAACUGAACGACAUUUUUUCACUGCUGAAGAUCAAUUGUUGAUUAUUGUUAAUACAAUUGCAAGUGAUGCCGGUGAUUAUGAGUGUGAAAUUAGUAAUACUUUAGGAAGUAUUGUGGGAGCUUCUCACCUUAAAAUUAAUCCAGCACCUAGCUCGAUGGUCAAUGAAGAUGACAUGCUUGGUUUAAUAAUUAUUACCGUUGUAUGUUGCGCGGUUGGAACUUCAAUUGUUUGGGUUGUAAUUAUAUAUCAAACGAGACAACGACUUAAGGCUUCUCAUCGACAAUCAUUAUCGACAUCUGCUCCAAUAGUGCCAGAAACACAAACUCACUUGUAUUUGGAUACAAGUUCUCAACACAGCAAAGACAGCGGUACUGGCGAUAGUACUAAUCCCAGUAAUGAUCAAUUGCAAUUAUGUUUGCCAGAAGAACUGAUGAAUUGUGCCACUAAUAACGAAGAAGACGUUGAAGCAGCAAAUGGAGAAAAUCCUCUUCUUCGUUAUACAAAUCAUGAACGACACAUAAUACAACAAGAGUCAGGUAAUUAAGACAAAAAAAGUAUAAAGUUAUGAUGUCAAAAUUUUUUGUUCUGAUUAUCAUACGUAAAAUAACGCAGUAUUUUUUUUUUUUUUUAAUUGUUUUAGCUUAGAAUAAUUUGUACAGGCUUCACAGUGCUUUCUCUAUUUUUUUUCCUUUUUUUUUACAAAAAGGAAUAAUUGUUAUUCCCCAUUUUCUUACAAAAAUGUUUUAUGUAUUUUAGUAUGAUAUUUAGUUAGCUUUAAAAAUCAAGUGCUUUUAAUCCCAGUGAAUCCCAGUGAAUUUUUAAAUGAAAAAAAAAAUGUAAUUUACAAAAUUUAUUUAUUAAAGUAAUUUUAGUUACUUUAAAAUGACCAAUUCAUAUUAAAAUUUUAUGAAUUUUUUACCCUUUUUUGAAAAUCUGUGAAACCUGUUUAAAUGUAGCUUGAUUUAAUACAUAUAUAUAUAAUUUAAGUUAUGACUGGCUGCAAUAUUGAUAUCCGCUGUCGUGGAACUGAAUGUGUGAAUAUACAGAGAAAUGAAUUUGUGUUGAUAUAUAUUAUUAACUGUAUGUAGAAAGUUUAAUGUGCCUAUAAAAAGUGCUUCUUCAAUAGCGUAUAUAUAUAUUAAAAAAAAAGUGUUGGAUAAUAAGCGAAUGACUGUGAAAUAGUAAAUAACAAAGCUCUUACAAGAAAAAGCACAAUUAAACGAAAACUGAUUCAAAUAAUCUAGAUAAUAAUGUUGAUUAAGCUCUACAUUUUUUUUUGAAAUGUAAUAUGAUAUUUAUUGAAUUUGAAUUUUUGUAUUCAGUGUCACUUCUAUUGUUUGAAAUAGUUAUACAAUAGAAUUGUGAUGAUUGAUAUUGCGCGAAUAGUCUCUAUAUAGUUGCCUACAUUCACAAUUAAAUGAAAAAAAAAAAAAACCGCUGCCAAGUUGUAGCAUCAAAAAGUUGCCUUUUACAACAAAAAUAAAUUCGAUUUUUGUAAAAAUAAAAUAUACUUACAGGAAGCAAUAAUAUUUCUAGAAAUUGUGAAAUUUUAAGACUAUGUUCAAUUGUAAAUAGUAAAUAAGUUAAGUGCGAUUAAAAAAAAUGCGUCUUGUUAUUAAAUCUGCUUGUACAAUAAAUCAAAUUUUUGUGAUCAUUA